AUGGCGUCCCUCUUGCACCCGCCGAGCCACCUCACGCCGGCCGAGGCGCUGUCGCUGUCGCAGCGCGCGCCGGCCGUGCUGAAGAGCCUGCCCAGCAGAGUCGGUGCAUCGGCUCUGGAGUCGCUUGUGUCGCCCAUUGAGAGCCCCGAGGUCUGGCUGUCGUACGAGAACCUGCUCAUCUCGUGCCUACGGACGGGCGAUCUCGAGUCGGCACGGGAGUGCGUCCGGCGGCUUGUGCAGCGGUUCGGCGACGACAACGACCGGGUCAUGGCCCUGCAGGGACUGGUCCAGGAGGCCGAGGCAAAUGACGAUGCGAGCUUGCGGGCGGUGCUCAAAGGCUACGACGACAUUCUGGCCAAGGACAAUACGAACGUGGCAAAAACGUGUGGCGGCGCUGACCAAAAGAAGCCCAUUCAUAAACGGCGGGUCGCUUUGCUGCGGUCGACCGGAAAGACCGCCGAGGCUGUGGCCGGCCUGACUGCGCUGCUCGACUUUUCGCCCACGGACGCCGAGGCCUGGGCCGAGCUCGCCGACGUCUACCUCGAGCAGGGGCUCUACGCCCAGUCCGUCUAUGCGCUCGAGGAGGUGCUCCUGCUGUCGCCGAAUGCGUGGAACAUACACGCGCGGCUCGGCGAGAUUGAGUACAUGGCGGCGUCGACGGCCGCCGGCGGCAGCGAUGCGGCCACACAAAAGUACGCGGCCGAGUCGCUCAAGCGGUUCUGCCGGAGCGUCGAGCUGUGCGACGACUACCUGCGGGGCUUCUACGGCCUCAAGCUGGUGACGUCGUUUGUGCUCAAGAACGCGGGCAAGUGGCCUAGGCAGAAGAACGACAGCGCCCACAGCGGCAGCCGUGACGGCGCAGAAGACUUUGCGCUGCCGGACACGGCGACCGUCGAGCGUCUGGGGCAGCUGGCCACAGAGAAGCUCUCGGAGAUUGUGCGGCGGUACACGGCCAAGGAGGCGCGCUGGAGUGGAUACGACGCGGCCGAGAUCGCAGCAGCACGGGAACUGCUGGCGGGUGAGGCGGCAGCGGUUGUACGAUAG